AUGAAUGAAAUGGAGAACACAGAUCCAGUAUUCGGGGAUGAACUUGCAUCUAAAUAUGAAAGGGAAUCAAGCACAGAACAAGAAGAGGAUGCGCCUGUAAUUCUUACGCAGUUAAAUGAAGAUGGCACCACUUCGAAUUAUUUUGACAAAAGGAAACUGAAAAUUGCUCCUAGAUCAACACUGCAAUUUAAAGUUGGACCACCAUUUGAAUUGGUGAGAGAUUAUUGUUCAGUUGUGGAGUCUCAUACAGGAAGAACAUUGGAUAUGCGAAUUAUUCCAAGAAUUGACAGAGGGUUCGACCAUAUUGAUGAAGAGUGGGUAGGUUAUAAAAGGAAUUAUUUUACCCUUGUAUCAACUUUUGAAACAGCAAACUGUGAUUUGGAUACUUUUUUAAAGACUAGCUUUGAUCUCCUGGUUGGAGAUUCUUCAUUAGAAAACAAAUUAAGAGUGCAAUAUUUUGCUAUCAAGAUAAAAGCCAAGAAUGAUGACGACGAGACGGAAAUCAAUCUCGUACAACAUACAGCAAAACGCGACAAAGGUCCUCAAUUUUGUCCUUCUGUAUGUCCGUUGGUUCCCUCCCCUUUGCCAAAGCAUCAAAUUAUAAGGGAGGCUUCAAAUGUUCGAAAUAUUACUAAAAUGAAAAAAUACGAUUCCACAUUUUAUUUGCACAGAGACCACGUCAAUUACGAAGAGUAUGGAGUGGAUUCUCUAUUAUUUUCCUAUCCAGAAGAUGCUAUUCAAAAAGUUGCCCGUUAUGAAAGAGUUCAAUUUGCUUCAUCAAUUAGCGUGAAAAAACCAUCCCAACAGAAUAAACACUUUAGCUUACAUGUAAUUUUAGGUGCAGUUGUAGAUCCAGAUACCUUUCAUGGGGUAAGGCCCGGAAUUCCUUACGAUGAACUGGCUUUAAAAAAUGGAUCAAAGGGGAUGUUUGUGUAUUUGCAGGAAAUGAAAACACCACCUCUUAUUAUUAGGGGAAGGUCACCUUCUAAUUAUGCAUCAUCUCAGCGAAUAACUGUGAGAACUCCGUCUAGUGUCAAUUCCUCACAAAACAGUACUAAAAGAAAAAUGCCAUCAACACCGCAGCCGCUCAAGGAAAGUUGCUUAAAUGCAAGACCUGCAAAGAGGCGAUCCAAAGUGGCAUUAGAUGCAUCGAAUUCCGGCAUGUCAAUCUCGCCGGUCAAAUCUCGACAAUCCACACCAAUGGAAGCUUCGAAGGAAAAUGAUGAUCCCUUCUUUAGGCCAAACAAAAGGGUGGAAACUCUUGAACAUAUCGAGAACAAAUUGGGUGCUUUGAAGAACCAAUGUCCAGAUUCCUCUUUGAAAUAUCCAAGUUCAUCUUCAAGGGGUGUGGAAGGGGGUUUAGAAAAGGAAGAUUUAGUUUAUUCAAGUAGUUUUUCUGUUAACAUGAAGCAAAUCGAGCUAAAACCAGCACGCUCUUUUGAACACGAGAAUGUUUUCAAAGUAGGUUCGUUAGCAUUCAAAAAGAUCAGUGAAUUACCGCAUGAAAAUUAUGAUAUUACAAAAGAGAAAAAAUCAAUGGAACAGAAUUAUUUGAGGGCAGAGAUAGGCUCACGUUCUGAAUGCAAAACAAGCUAUGGUAAUGAACUUUCUCUUUCAAAUAUUUCAUUUUCCAUACUACCCAACUCAGCAGAAAAUUUUCACUUGGAAACUGCACUUUUUCCAGCCAUGGAAGAAGAUGUACCAAGGACGUUUUCAAGAAUAUUAGAAACAGGCUCGUUUCAAAAUUAUUAUCAAAAAAUGGAAGCAGAAAACGCAGACCGAUUAUGUUCAAAAGGUGUCAAGUUGAUUGCAAGUGGUACUCUACCAUCUGGUAUAUUUAAUAGGGAAGAAUUGUUUGAUGAAGAUAGUUUCUAUAAGCAUUAA